UUUCAGAGAUGUAUCCCUAUCGUAUUAUCUCGUAAAAGCAACUUUUGCGAUUUCGGGAAAGAAGUACUCGGACUUAUAAUCGCGUUUUUACUAUGAUUACAUUAAUAACUCAAUUAAUGUAAACGUAGUUCAACAACAAACUUAUAAAUCGUGCGAACAUACGCUUCUAAAUGUAAUUCGUCAUUAUCUUACGUUCGGUACUAUCAAAAGCACGAUGUUUCGUCGAUGCGAUUAAAACCACGUGCUUUGAGAGGCCGAUCGUUUUUAUGAAAAAUGGCUCAACUAAGGAGCAAUUGAGCUAAAUAAUUGGUAGUUCAGAGAACAUCGAUCACGGAACAAAGAUCUUUUCUAUCAUCGCAGAAAAAGGUAUGCUGAGGGAAAAUGACGGAAUUUGUAGAUGGCUGGAUAUUUGGACACACUUUGGGAGAAGGUGCUUAUGGCGAAGUAAAACUAGUUAUAAAUAAAUCUACGGGCGAAGCUGUUGCUAUGAAAAUGAUAGAUUUAUUAAAGCAUCCAGAUGCCCGACAAACAGUUAAAAAAGAAACUGUUAUUCACCGUAUGCUCUCUAAUCCCAAUAUUAUUCAGUAUUUUGGAAAACGUAGUGAACCCAAUAUGGAAUAUAUUUUUUUAGAAUACGCUUCGGGGGGAGAACUUUUUGAUAGAAUAGAACCAGAUAUUGGUAUGCCAGCAUGGGAAGCACAAAAGUAUUUUAAACAAUUAAUAUCUGCAGUAGAAUAUCUUCACAGUAAAGGCAUUGCACACAGGGAUUUAAAACCAGAAAACUUACUGUUAGAUGAAAAUGAUAAUUUGAAAGUCUCUGACUUUGGUUUGGCAACAAUAUAUCGUUUGCAAGGCAAAGAACGAUAUUUGGAAAAAAGAUGUGGAACAUUACCUUAUGUUGCUCCCGAAGUGCUGUUACAUCCUUAUCAUGCUGAACCUGCUGACAUAUGGUCUUGUGGUAUAAUUCUUGUGGCUUUGCUAGCUGGAGAACUGCCUUGGGAUCAGUCCUUGGCAGAGUGUCCAGAAUAUAUGGCAUGGAGAGAUGGAAAAUACAUGUCUCUUACACCAUGGAAAAAGUUGGAUAAUUCUUCAUUGUCUCUGAUUAAAAAUAUUCUUAUACACUCACCAUCAGCCAGAUGUACCAUAAAGGAUAUUAAAAAACAUAGAUGGUUCGUCAAAAAAUUCCAAAGAGCUGGAACUAUAGAAGGAUAUAUUCGACCUGAUGAAACUAAUUCAAGACAAGUAUUAGAGGAUGAAAACCUAACCAGGUUUUGUUUAUCACAACCUGAAUUACCUACAACGGAAAAUGCUAAUGCUGUACAAAUUAACUUGGAAGAACGACCAGGAUUUUCAUUCUCACAACCUGCCCAUAUUGAGGAUUUGUUAUUGUGCACCCAAGUACAAACUAAAUUUACACAAGCAAGCCAACAAAAUACGUUCCAACGGCUAGUGCGACGUAUGACAAGAUUUUUCGUUAAAACGGAGUUAGACGAAACCAUAAACAGAUUAGUAAAUUGCUUGAAGAAUGAAAGUUACAAUUGCCGUAUUAACAAUGUUGGCACAAUCACUGUAUCAACUAUGGACAGAAGAAAAAUGCCUUUGGUUUUCAAAGCAAAUAUUGUUGAAAUGGAUGGAAAGAUACUAGUUGAUUUCCGAUUGUCUAAAGGCUGUGGUCUAGAAUUUAAACGAAGAUUUGUAAAAAUUAAAUCAUUGUUAGAAGAUAUUAUAUUAAAAGGUCCUGUGACCUGGCCAAUUGCUGUUGCAACAGAAUGUAUGCCCUAAUAAUCAUGUACACAAUGAAGUUUUGAAUAAAUUUUUUUAUAUUCUUUUAAAAAAAGUAA